AUGCUCUCCACGCUGGUCGCCGCGAGCGCAUUCGCGCCAACGCAUGGGCCGCUGCGCGGCUUGCAGCCGCGCGGCCGCGCUUCGGUGGCUCUUCAGGAGACGGGCACCUUCACCUCGGACGGCGCAAAGUCGCAGGUUGGGAACGACGCGUUUCUGAAUGAGGACCUGAUGGGGCGCGCGAUCCGCGGCACGGGCGUCGUGUCCGACAAGAAGCUCAAGAUCGGGGUGGUCGGCGCCGGCCUCGCGGGCAUGGUCGCCGCCAUGGAUCUCGCGGACGCCGGGCACGACGUGGAGAUCUUUGAGCUGCGGCCGUUUGUCGGUGGCAAGGUUUCGAGCUGGAUGGACCGGGACGGCAACCACAUCGAGAUGGGGCUGCACGUCUUCUUCGGCUGCUACUACAACCUGUUCGGCAUCAUGCAGCGCACUGGCUCAUACGACCUCAUGCGCCUCAAGGAGCACACGCACACCUUCAUCAACAGCGGCGGCGGCGUGGGCGCGCUCGACUUUCGCUUCCCUAUCGGCGCUCCGGUCUCCGGGCUGCAGGCGUUCGCGCGCACGGAGCAGCUGGGC